AAAUAAAGCAUGGAAGGAAGCAAGGAAGGUCUUGAAGUUGGUCGAGGAGACUUGAGCGUGAUGGUGGCUUUUGAAGAGAUAAGACGAGCACGCACACACUGACAGUUUGGUGCGCGCGCACACUGCAGAGGCGUGCGGGAGGAAGAAGGUGGAACAACGGGAUUUCGCAAUUGUCUGGCUUUUUAUUUGUCACGUGUUACCGAGCCGAGCCGAGCCAGGACCCCGCCCGGAUCAAGGCAGGGCAGCACCUGCACGAUCUGCAGGAUCGUGCAAUCUGCAUGAUGAUUGGCGAUAUGUGAUGGGAUUUACCCGUUUGGAUGUUUGAUUGAUGACGGGACAGCUGGGUCGGUCCCCCCCACCUUUCUGACCAUCCACGACCCCCCCACCCAAGCAGCCCCUGGCACGGAUUCUUUGGCUGUCCUCACGAUGAUGAGUUAACACCGCAGCCAUGCCGUUCUCUCUCUACGCUGGAGUCUAUGCGCAAUAUACAAUAGAUAGAACAAUCAUGACAUGGCCGCCAAGUCAAUGCCCCGCAUUCAACAUGGCCGCCAGGCCGCCGACGGACACCCGGACAAGCCGAUGAUGGCCCGGUGCUGCCUUUAGCUUCGUCUCCGCAGCCACGCUCACGUGAAGAGGACCGCCCCCUCCGUCGCCGCUCAGGUUGUGUUUUGGUGUAUGACCGAGUGUGUGCGUGCGUGGUGCCAGCAGGAGCGUGACCAUGGGGGGCCCGUCGCCGCCCCCGCUGCUCCUGGUCCUCCUGGCGGCGUGCUGGCUCGUCCGCCUGGGCGCGUCGUCGCCGUCGUCCAUGUUGUGUCCCAAGCGCUGCACGUGUCAGAACCUCCUGCCGUCCUACACGGUCCUGUGCGCUAAGACGGGUCUGCUCUUCGUGCCGUCCAACAUCGACAGACAGACGGCCGAGCUGCGCCUCAUGGACAACUUCAUCACUACGCUGAGGCACCGAGACUUCGCCAACAUGUCCAGCCUGAUCCACCUGACGCUGAGCCGUAACACCAUCAGUCAGAUCCGCCCGUUGGCCUUCGCCGACCUCCAGAAUCUCCACGCCCUCCACCUGGACGCCAACCGUCUGACCACGCUGGACGACGCCCACUUCCAGGGCCUGGUCAACCUGCGCCACCUCAUCCUCGCCAACAACCAGCUGCACCGCAUCUCCCAGGGAGCCUUCCAGGACUUUCUGGAGACACUGGAGGACUUGGACCUGAGCUACAACAACUUGGUGGACGUCCCGUGGGAGACCAUCUCCAUGCUGGUGAGCGUCAACACGCUCAGUCUGGACCACAACCUCAUUGAGAGCGUUCCCGAGGGAAUCUUCUCCAACCUGCACAAGCUGGCCAGGCUGGACAUGACGUCCAACAAGCUGAAGAAGAUCCCGCCCGACCCGCUGUUCCUGCGCAUCCCCGUCUACGCCAAGAUGAAGGGCUCGCCGCUGACGGCCUUGGUUCUGAGCUUCGGUGGGAAUCCGCUGCACUGCAACUGCGAGCUAGUUUGGUUACGGCGGUUGACCCGCGAGGACGACCUGGAGACCUGCGCCUCCCCGAGAGACCUCGCCGGGAAGUACUUCUGGACCAUCAGAGAGGAGGAGUUUGUGUGUGAGCCUCCGAUGAUCACUCGCCACACAUCCAAGAUGUUUGUGAUGGAGGGCCAGGAGGUGAGCCUGCGCUGCAAGUCCAUGGGCGACCCGGAACCGUCCACCCACUGGGUGAGCCCCGAAGGGAAACUGAUGGGCAACACGUCGCGCGUCGUCUGCUACGAUAACGGCUCGCUCGACAUCCUCAAGGCUUCCGUCAAGGAUUCGGGAAAGUUCACGUGCAUCGCGUCCAACGCGGCCGGCGAGGCCACGGCGCCGGUGGAGCUGGUGGUCAAACCCUCGCCGCAUUUCGAUCCCAAGCCGGAGGCGGACCCCGGGCCCUCGGACAUCCCCACGUCCAUCAAGUCCAACACAAGCUGGGGUCAGGCGCGCGUCACCCGGCCGCGGGUCAGCGUGUCCGAGCUCACGUCCAGCAGCGCCCUCAUCACGUGGCCCGCGCAGAACCACAUUCCCGGCGUGCGCACGUACCAGAUCCAGUACAACAGCUCCGCCGACGACGUUCUCAUCUACAGGAUGAUCCCAGCCAAUCACAAGCACUUCCUGCUAAGCGACCUGGCGUCCUCCCGCGACUACGACUUGUGCGUCCUCGCCGUCUCCGAUGACGGCGUCAGCGCCUUGACCGGAACCAAGAUGGUGGGAUGUGUCGCCUUUGCCACGGAACCGGAAUACGGACGAUGUCACUCCAUACGUGACCAGUUUUUGGGCGGCACCAUGAUCCUGAUCCUGGGUGGCAUCAUCGUGGCGUCCGUUUUGGUUUUUAUCUUCAUCCUGCUGAUGAAAUACAAACUGCACAGCAACCAGGACCACAAACGCAACGCCCGACACGCCCACGUCUGCUCACAGACCAAUGGGGGCGGAGGGGGCGGAGCCAACUCCCUGCCACCUGUGGGACAAGGUGCUCGCAAAGGCUGCCGACCGUCGCCUGUCGGGGAUCUAAACGCCGCCCACGUCGACGGCGACGACGACGCCUCGCAAUAACAAACAUCAUGAACUGUCAAUCAAAGCCAAUAUUCCACAGCCCCUCCCCCUUUUCCCUUCGGUUCGCCGAGCCGGGCGGGGCAGUGAGGAGCGACGCCCGGCACUGGUGCCUUCCUGGUCACAAGGUCUACGUGACGAUCCCUCUGUCCCCCCAAACCCAGAAACAAAGGGGGUUUACACCAGAUGGUCUGGUCCAACGAGGAUUUCUUUGGACUCUUUGGACUUUUUAGAUGCCCCGACGCCGCUCGGCCCCUUCGGCAGCAUCCGCGACGCCAAAGUAAACAAUGUCCCGCCAGAGAAUAUUAUUCCAUGAAGAACGUUCCGUAAGCGACAUCCUGUAAAGAGCAGCCAAUAAGGAACGUUCUACUAAAAACGCUCCAUAAGGAAUGUUUUGGAAGAAGGUUCUGUGAAGAACAUCCCCGCAGAACGAGGAGGUCUUCGAGUCUUCAUAUUUGUGUCACUUUCUGUCUAGCUCUAUAGUGUCUGAAAGGGUUUGAACGGGUUCUGGAACGAACGAACAAACUAACUAACUAAGAAGUUCUCCGUCAGCUAAUCAUGUUCAGCACACUGGAGCUCUUCUGGGUUGCUUUGAUACUCAGCACAACACUUCCCCCUGUUUGCUUUCACUGAAAGACAAAUGUGGGACUUGUAAAGAAAGAAAUAAAACAAAUAUUUUUAUUGGAA